UGACCAUCUAUUCUUCCCUCUUGUAUGCCCUUAUCAUUUUCAUGGAGUUCAUUAUUCGAAACGUAGAUUUUGGAGCGACUGAAUACGAGGUCACAAAAAAGAUCGCAGAGGUUCUGCAUGCGUGCCCUGGCCCAUUUGUGUCGGAUGCCGAUGCGCAGCAGCGUCUCAUCAAUUUUAGAGUCACGCUUGAAAAGAACGAGUGCGGAGGCGUUCGUAACAAAGGCGUCGGGUCACUCCAACUGCCCUCUAAGGACGUAGGGCUGAAAUUCCGUCGGCUUGUUGACGGCGAAGAUGGUGUCACCAUCAAGGUCGGCAAAAAGCGUCUGAAAUUCACCCCUACUAGAUCCAGGUACAUCCCGAGCAAUAUGCUAGUCACCCUCACAAAGGCCCCCUAUGUGGAUCCCGAUAUCGCUCAGAAACGGCAGGAAAAGAUCGAUGCGUUAAGUUCUGAUUUCCGAAUCGCUUUACUACAAAUCGGUACUUUCUAUCGCCCUCAAGAUGCCAGCCCGUUAGAUCCACGUGCCUUCAGCGUGGAAUGGCAAUCUAAUCUUCUCGACGGGCUUGGAUGGCUGAAUUUCGAAUACGAACACAAACUGAUUCGUGCGAAGGUCGGUGAUCCGGCGCGGGGACAACUGUUAUACAGCCUGAUCGUUACCUUCGCCAAUAUCAACAAAAUGGCUGUGGGCUAUGAUUUUGGUAAUCAAUACAUAUGCUUCGAUUUGUUCACACCACCGAUCAUCGAACGAGAAGACUUCAACAGAACCCUUACUGGAACAUACUCCGAUAAGAAGAAUUAUCGCGAACGUGUUGGUGCUAUACAUCCAGGCCACGCGCAAAUUGCUCCGUACGCUCACCACAUACGCAUCAUCCUCUCCGAACAAGGAGAUCUGGAUAAGUUCCAGCAGUUCUGUAAAAUCGCAGAGCUUCGUCCUCCAGUCUCUGGAGUCCGCAUCGAAGCCAUCUGCCAGGGAUUUUUCACGAGCAAAAAACUGGCUUUGGUGCAAAGAUGGCUGAGAUCAUUGAGCUCAGACUGGCCUGUAGCGUUUCAGAUCGAGGCCCUUCUCCGAAAUGGUGUUGCAAAUACAAAGGAACUCGAGGAUUUGCGCCCGAGGAUCGAUGAAUUGAUUCGCCGCCACCGGCCAUUUGCCGCAGCCAUCAUGCGAUACUUCGUGAUAAAAGCUGCGGCUCGUCCUCCAGGUCAAACAAUCCACAAGUGCUUCGAGUUAGUAGUACAAGAGAAGCUCGGGAAUGUCCGUCCCGGGGCGCCUGCUGGCCGCUUUUAUUGUCAUCGUGUUACAGUCACUCCGACUCGGCUUAUCCUCGAAGGGCCCAACAUAUUGCAAUCGAAUCGCGUUAUUCGCGAGUACGAAGGCUAUGAAGGCAACUUCAUUCGAGUCGACUUUCGUGACGAGGAUCGUCUCCAGUAUCGCUGGGAUAGGGAAGUAGAUGGGGGGAGCUUCGUCAGGCACCGUGUCGGGGGCUUGCUGAAGGAUGGUUUUGAGCUUGCUGGCAAACAAUUCGAUUUCUUAGCGUACUCUUCCUCUGCACUGAGGGAGCACGCUGUUUGGUUCGUUAGCUCCUUCCAGCACGACACCAAAGGACUGGUCACCGCGCACACAAUAAGAAGUAGUUUAGGAGACUUCAGCGGAUGCAUUUAUUCCCCCUCGAAGUAUGCUGCCCGGAUGGCUCAAGCCUUUACGGCGACAGAUCCAUCGGUCAAGAUCCACCGGUCACAGUGGUCAGAAAUGCCUGAUAUCGUCGAAAACGGUGUUAUGUUUUCUGACGGUGUCGGUACCGUCAGUGAUGAGCUUGGUGAUUUAAUCUGGCAAACUCUCUGCAAUGCUCGGCGAGAUGGUGGUGCGCAUGCAGUGAAACCUUCGGCUUACCAAAUCAGAUUCCUUGGCUUUAAAGGUGUCGUGGCUGUUGACAAGCAACUCAAGGGAGUCCAACUUUGCCUACGAGAAAGUAUGAACAAGUUUAAGGAUCACGGGGAAGAAUACGCUAUGAUAGAGAUUGCUCGUCCCGUUGUGAAACCUAACACUCCUCAUCUUAACAGACCUUUAAUCACAGUUCUAGAGGACCGGGGCGCCUCAAAAGAUACCUUCAUGGAACUGCAGCAGAAGGUUGUUGCGGAGUCACGCACCGCUCACGACUCAGUUGAUCUCUUUGCGGCGCUCUUGGAAUGUCACGGAUUGUCUCAAUCUUUCCGACUGGCAUCGACGUUACGGAGACUUAACACCCUCGGCCUAGAGUUGAGCCCUACGCAUCUUCAGCGGAACAUCGAUACCCCCUUUCUGGCACAAUUACGAGCCUGUGCCAUAAACCACGUGCUGCGAGCAGUCAAACAUGAUGCACGCAUUCCAAUUCCCAACAGCUAUAUGCUGAUGGGUGUCACGGAUGAGGGCCCUGCUUACGAGAAAAAAGGCCACACGAACGUCUUCAAGCUGCCUCCCGGUAAGAUAUAUGCAUGUGUUCACAAGCCAGGGGAUAGUGAGCCCAUAUGGCUUCAUGGGCCUUGUAUGGUCUCAAGGAGUCCUGUCAUACAUCCAGGCGACGUCCAGCAGUCAUAUGCCAUCGGAAAACCUCCAAGCGAUAAACUCUGCCUUUUUGGUCAUCUAAAGAAUGUAGUUGUAUUUGCGUCCACUGGUAGCGAUCUCUAUGAGAUUAUACAACAUCCACCCUUGAUCCUCCCGGAUCAUUAUGAUCCAGCGUCUUACCCUUUGGGGAAGCCUUUCACGAUCGAACGACGCAGCACAAUUGAGGACGUGUGUAAUUUUGUUGUGGAAUAUAUCAACUCAAAUGUUGUGGGCCUGGUGUCCGACAAGCACAUCACUAUUGCAGGCAAAUUAUGUAUAUCACAGGACGGAACGUUCAACGAGGCAUGCCUGAAGCUCGCAGCCCUUCAUAGCCAAGCCGUCGACUACCCAAAGAACGGAUGGAAGGUCAAUAUUGAAGAUAUCCCACGCAGCUUGAUCCCCUAUAAACCCGAUUGGCAUGCAGCAGAAGUAGAAUCUCCCCGACCAACGGAUUAUUACGAGUCCGACCGAGCCUUGGGUCACCUAUAUCGCAACAUCCAGCUCGACGAGAUACCCACUUAUGUUCCUCGGCAGCUAGAAAAGCCACUGAGUGAUGUUAUCUCCGUUACACUUCGUCCUUUGGUCAACCGACAGCUAGAGCGUCGUGAGAGACCUUCGAAACUCGAGGUCUCAAUGAACAGUAUAUACUCGGCAUACAUGGACGAACUCAUCUACGUUGCAACCUGUCACACACUCUCACGAGUACCCGGUGCGCGUCUGCGGGAGGAGGAGAUCGUCGUCGGAACUAUCCUUGCCAAGUGCUCGCAAAAGGGAUUUAAGAAUGAUCGGACAUAUGCAAUGAGAGAAUGCAUGUCGGUCCUGAUUCACGAUAUUCGAGGCAGAAUGCUACCGGACAGUAUGAGGAACGCGUCGCUCGACGAAGUGCGGGAUGGCUUAGAGAACGGGUGGUCAGCUUGGGCGUUGAGUCAGGAGAAAUACAAAGAGAGUCAUGAGGAGGGAAAAGGGGGUUAUGGCGCGCAAAGUUUUGGUUUGGUUGCGUUGGGAAUCGUGCUGGACUGUCUGGAGCAGUUGCAGGAGCUGCCCUCGACACCAGCUUAGGAUAUCAUUGUACAAUGUAUAGGUUCAGACUUAGAGGAGCACAAGGAAAUUGACACCGAUGGGGGUCACAUGAUAUUUGCCACAGACGCGUCUGCUCGCGUCCGAGUCUGAUCAAGAAACCAUCCAAGGUUGUUCACUCACUGUACCAGCUAUCAUCGUUGAUUUUUUGUCCAGCUCCCGGGAUCCAAAUACUAGAGCGAUCAACGGUAAGAAGGCUUAAUAAUGAGACACUC